AGAGGGAAUGAGAGAGAGAGAGGGCGCAGAAGGAGGACCAAUCUUGGGAGGGAAAGGUAUUAGGAACAGCUGCUCUUGCUCCCGCUCCCUUCCCAACGCACAAACCCGCUGCCAAAGCAGCUCCAGGAGCCAACAAGCAUGGGCAAAAGUCCUCCUUUACCCCGGAGAUCAGGCUGGCUCCAUCUGUUGACAGCGGCGGCGUUCUGCAUCUGGGGGUCAGAAGCCAAGGUAUACUAUUCUUGUGGCGCACAGUUCAACUUGUUGGAAAGAGGUCUUAUUUUAUCACCUGGUUUCCCAAACAAUUACUCAUCGGGCAUGCACUGUAUUUGGCAGUUCUUUAUCCCUGCUGGAACAUACUUAAUGUUGGAAAUUUUUGACUUUGAUGUGUUUGAAAGCAUCAGCGAAAACCCACAUGUCUGGGGUGGUUUCCUUUCCCUCCCAAAAAACACAAACGAUGAGCUUCCCCACACUGAGGAAAAUGCAGACUUCCCCACCACCUUUCCUACUAAGGGUAUAAUUUUCGAAGAGUCUCACUCGAAGGAUUUUUAUAAUCUUCAUGAUGAUAGAUUUCCAGAGGCCACCUCUCAGAAACAGGAGUCCAAGCAAUUCCGGCAAACGCAAGAACCCAAAGAGUUAUCAGUUACUCAGCCUAGUGAGCUGCCGUUAAUGGGAGCUACCAAUGCCACUUUGCCAGGACAAAUUUUUGGUGGAGUACAAGGGGAUCAAAACCCGAAGGACAAAAUACUGUUUGCUCACCUUGCUGCCAGGGGAGGAAGCGAAGAUUCAGAAGGCCCUAAACAACAUUUAGGAAAUGUGACUUUUGGAGAGGACAUGGCCAUUUCAACGGUGGCCUUGCCAACAGAUGCUUCCUCCACACCACCGUCCUCAAUUGAUGUUUGUCCCCAUGAUGUCUUGUACGUCUCUGACCUCACUGCCUUCUCUUCUCGCUUCUGCGGAACAAAUUCACCCCUGAACAAGAACAUGACUUUUGGGUCUUCUCUGAAGAUGGUAGAAGUCAUUGUGGAGCUGAUCACGACCACGGAUCGCGGGCGAGGCUUUGCGAUGCUCUUUGAGUACAAGAACGAUACAGAACUGGUUGCUGUGAGUGACUCAGACGAGGGGAUAGAAAAUAUUAUGAUGCUGAUGAUAAUAGCAGGGAUAGUCUUCUUUGCACUUGUUCUUUUUUCCUCGCUCUGUAUAGCUUGCAGGAAGAAAUUGUGUCCCAAAAGGAGCUCUUUGGAUGCACGCAGUGACCAAGAGAAUGGGAUCCAGAAUGCCGCUGUUGAUAUCAAUGAGCUGCAGCUGGUGAUGCCGAGUCAAGAGAAUGAAAACAACAAUCACUCCGUUGACGGAAAUGGAGCAGUCACUUCCUAUGAUGGCAGCAUGGAGUGCUCUCCGCGGCAGACAGACCAGGAUAUACCUUCUUCAAUGUCAGCAGUGACCACUGAUUCUGGAAGCGACGAGGUGUUUAUUAUUUCAGCCAGCCCUGGAGCUGGUGGCUUAAGUUUUACCUCCUACAGAAUACAGGACAGAAAACUGAAGAGAAGCAUCACAAGUCCAGGCUCAGUUUCUGACUGGCUGACAGCAGGUCCAGCGGAAACUGGCAUCAGUGCUACAAAUAUUGGGGUGGCACAGACAGAGAGCCAUUGCCCAACUCAGCGAACAUGGCGUGCUCGUACUUUUCAUGACUUACUAGCUCCAUUGCCUCAGCUACAGAAAAAGUGGUGCAGCUGGGCUACUAACAGCCCUUUCACCAAAUUGGUUAACAGCAGUGGCUUUUCUGCAUCCGCGAAAGACCAGACUGCAGCUACUCGGAAAGUAACUUCAGCUGCAGAAAUAGACGGCAUCUCUGAACCGGCUUACUUGGACUCAUCGGCCAGCACUGCAUCUUACCCAAUGACGUAUUCGGCACAGAAACAACGCAAGCUAAGCAGCAGCUGCAACUUGAAAAGAUCCCGUUUCAGAAACCCUUACUUUGGGUUUUUAACAAGUUCUCCUGACUGUAACCAACCAAGGCUGUCUGAUCAUGCAAAGCACGUUGGCACAAGGUCUCCAGUCAACAGUCCAGGCCAGGGAACCGAAGACCUCCUUGAAGGGCCCAUCCAGCUCACAAGCAACAUAGUCAAUGGCUCAAAAUCCAAGGAGCUCUCAUUGGAAAUGGAUAAACCCAAACCUGUUUUUGUUAUUUCUGAGGAAGGGGACGAUCAGCAGCCUUUGGUUUUAGCAGAGCAUGUGAAUCAAUUUGCAGAUGCUUUAUCUGAGCCAAAUGUUAUCCAUAAUAUGGGGAUGACCAUUGCAGAUGAGCAGCCAGUGGACCUAACUCUUCAAGAAAGCUCAGUUGAGUCCACCAGUAUCAGAGCAGACCUUGAUCUUUGGGGAGAAUACCCAAAUUCAUACAGUGAUUCCCUGAAGAGCUGCAGUGGUUACAAGGAUGAAAACUAUGGGCCUGUUUCAGACACCGGCACCACUAAUUCUCAUCCAAAUUUUGAUUCCUUGGCCUCUCACCGGUUGUGUCAAACUUCAGUUCAGUAACUCCUCCAAAUAUGGGUAUCAAAACUGACACUGAAUGUUGUAGGUUUGUGCAAUUGGAAGCAAUAAAGACACAUGUUCCUUUUGAGAUGGAAUGGAAACUGCAUUGCACGUACAACGUGGAGAAUGUGCUGGGGCAGCCUUGGCUCUAAAUGUUGGAAUAGAUUGUGUGUUAAGUUAUACCCUAUUGCAUUGCCACCUCUUACUGAGCUGCAUCUAAUUACUGUUAGUUUUUUGUUGGCUUAUUGAGAGCUUAUCAAGACUACCUGACUGGUACUUGUUACAAAGAAGACAGGCUUUGUUAAAGUGGUGUGAUGAAUAUGGAGGCACUGUCUGUUCCCAUACCAUACCAGGAAGCAAAUGGUCAGGCUUGCAUUGAAAAGAGGCAUGCUGUUUGGACAUAAUACUUUGAAACAGAUCAACCAAAUUCUAGUCACAGCUGGAGGAAAUCGCACAAUUCCUUACUGAAGUUUGAUUGUGGCUUGGACAGGGAAGUGGCAGUGGGUACCAGUUAGAACUGUGUUUAGCAGAAGAAACACACACAAAGAAGUAAAUGGUUAGCUACAUGAGCACAAAACAAAAUGCACAGCACCUUUGCUUGGUUUUUUUUUUUUACUGCAUUUGUGCGUAAAACUACAUUAGAUAUGAGACAGUUAGGAUUAUAAAAAAUUUCAUUAGCGAUGGUAGUUCUGGCUAGUCUUAAGGACUGCAUUAUAAAAGGAUUGCUUCUUUCCUAAAUUCUGCAGAAGGCUCUGCCACUUGGGGUAGGAGGAUUUUCUCUGCAUGUGGUGCAACAUGCAGUUAAGUGCACUGAUAGUAUCAUCUGGGGAAAGUCCUGGCAGCUUUGGAGAGAUAAAUGCACACUUUGGUAAAACAUACACUCUCAUUGCACAUUAUUCAAAGAACACCAGCUGCAAGGAACUAGAACCUCAUCAAACCUAGCUGACUGCUGUUAGGGCAAUUCACAGUGGCCAGGGCCAGUAUGCUUGCCUCAUAUAUGCCUGUUCUCACUGCAGCAAUAAACACAGUUCCAAAGGUUGUCCCCUGCUUUCUUCAACACCCAUUUUUGCCCCAUACACACUGGUGUUCAUUGUUGCAAAGAUCAUAAAGAGUGGAGAUGCAACUUAAGAAUGGGGCUGGGGGAAAUCCCAACUAGCUGCAUUCCCUGGCACGCACAUCCGUGCAUCUCAGAGUAUUUUACCUCUUGCAGAUAUAGACAUGGCAAAAUGCUGGGUGGUAAAUCAUGAACAAAUCUGCUAUUACUGGGUAAACUACAACCAGUUGUCAAAAACGCAUUGGCGCGCACACAUUCUCACAAUCCCAAAAAUAAAUCACCAGGGACAUUGCAAGUGCAACUUCCUGUUGAGUUAAACAUCCAUACAGAUUUUGCAGUCCUUGGUCUGGUGGUCUAGUUUUUUCAAAUCAUCCUUAGACAUUUGUCAACGGUUCUUGGAUGCCUAGGAAGUGUGUCUUUGAGGAUAUUUGGGGUAUGCUUUGCUCACAGCCACAGCUGCCUCAAAAAAUUGCUUUGAGGUCCCCAGUAUUCCUUGAGAAAGCAGGCCAUGUUUGUCAAGUGCUUUAAUAAGUUGCACCCUGGAGCUAUUUUUAGCAUGUGAUGAAUAUUCUGUUUGUACUGUGUUGUUUUUUAAACAUCCAAUCUAGCUAGUUAUUGCUGAUAAACACCUAUUUGCUUCUUCAA